ACUAGUGGCUUUCUCCAAAUCGAUUGCAUGGUUGUCGGCAGACGAUAGGCUUACAGGUUUGGUCUACAAUGGCCGCUUCCUGACCUUGAAGAUGAAUUAGCUGCUCUUCAAGGUGGUUUGAUUUACUACAUAGCAGUUUCGAGAUCGAAAAAGUUAUAAAAUAAUGGAGAGUGAAUGUGAGUUUAUUCCAAUUGAUCUUCACUCAGCCUGUAAUCUUGGUGAUGUCGACAUUGUAGAAGAAAUUCUGAAAAGAGAAAAGACAGACAUUAACAAUAAAAACGACGGAGACUGGACUCCCCUGAUGUAUGCGUGCUGGGGAGGUAAUGAGAAAUUGGUAACACUCUUGCUGAGACUCAAUGCCAGAAAAGACGAGGAAAACCAUUUCAAGCAAACCCCCCUCAUAGUCGCAGUCAUGGGUGGAUGUCUCAAUAUUGUCAAACUCGUCUUUCAGAAAGAUUUACUUGGUCAUGUAGACAUCAAUGGAAAAUCUGCCUUGUUUCAUGCUGUUGACUUUGGGUUUUAUGACAUUUCCAGCUUUCUAUUAGAUGAAGGAGCAAAUGCAAACUUCAGCCAUGAAGGGAUGACGGUCCUAAUGUUAGCUGCAUCCAACGGACAUCGAGCUUUGGUUGAUCUAUUGUUGCAACAUGGUGCCAACCUUCACACUAGAAACAUGCAAGGAUUUACAGCUCAGCAGUUGGCAGAAAUGAACCAACACCAGGAUAUAGCUGACAUGUUAGAUCCUGCCAACCAUGUUUUGCCUGAUUUGGAGAGUCUAUUGGAAUCUCUAGACCUACUCAAGUAUUGGCCUUUAUUUCAAAAGAACCAGGUAGAUUUCCAACAAUUUUUGCAACUGGACGAGAAUGAUUUAAAAUCUCUGGGUGUAAAGCUUUUAGGACCUCGGCGCAAGAUGUCUCUGGCGAUCGCAGGUUUCAAAAAACGACUUGCACAAGAUUGAUAUUGAAAACUUAUAAAGUUCGGUAACCAAGCUAUGAUAUAAAAACCAAAGAAAGCUCUGAGAGCCUCAAGAUUUUUGCAUUCUAAAAAUCAUAAUGGGUAGAAUGUAUACCAGGUGCACUGUGUAACUUAUUUGAAAAAUUUCUGUGGUACGUCUGGUUCAACAAGAUAAAAGUUGGUUGCCAAGACUUCAUUGCAACCUUAGCUUUUAAGAGAGAUGGACAUUUGCUUUUUAUUAUAAAUGCUUAGUGUUAUUACGUUUUAUAAUCAAUGGUUUUAUAUUACUUUAUUUUAUUUUCUAAGCCCAGUUUUGGGGUGUGAUUAUUCAUAGUAUUAAGCUUUAAACAAUAUCAUCAGUCUUUCAAUAAUUGUAAAGAUAUUUUAAACUCAACUGUGAUGUCUUAAUGUAGUUAAGUUUUAAGCUGGGUUUUCCUAAGCGUGGAAGCUAAGAGCGGAGUGCAGAAAAGUAAAUAAGAUUGCGCUUCUAGGAAAAUAGUAUCAUUAAAUUACUUAAGACAAGUGGAGUCCACUCCGCCUUCGGCGCCUAGGAAAACCCAGCUACUGUUAUGAAUUUUGUAAUAUUUAACAAUAAAGAAAUUUAUGGAUAACUUUUCUGUUUAUCCAAUGAA